AUGGCCGCCUCCUUGCUUCGUGGGAGGACGCUGGUGAUUUGUAGAACAUUUAAGCGGAUUUACACACCAAAAACUCCACCUUCCGCGACUUAUCCGAAUGGGCUUCUACUACAGACGGCAUCGUAUAACCCCAGGCCUCUGAAACUGAAUCUCCGCGAUCCUUAUAUUCCGGACAAGAGUAGCGAAGAGACGCCGGAAUGGCAGAAGACAAGCAAAUACGAUAGGAAACUGUACGGUCGCUAUGGCUCGGCGUCCGGUAUUGACCCUGCGUCAUUAUGGCCCAGCCACGCAGAACUGGACAAGAUCGUCGCGGAGGAAAAUGAGUGGCAUCCUCCGUUAGAGGUCAUGUUGAACAAUAUCGCGGCCAAGCAAAAGGAAGAGACAGAAAAACGCCUCGCAAAAGAGAAGCUCAUUGCAGCCAACAUGGCAAAAAUGCCUAAGAUGAUUGCCGACUGGCGCAAAGAAAAGCGUGAAGCUAAACAGAAGCUAAAAGAGGAAAAGGCACGUCGCGAGAAGUUGUUGGCUGAGGCAAGAGAGCGGUUUGGCUAUGCAUUGGACCCCCGCAGCCCCAAAUUCUUGGAAAUGGUUGCCGAAAUUGAAAAAGAAGAGAAGAAAAAGAGAAAACUAAUGAAACGUAGACUGAGAGAAGAACAAGCAGCCGUUCCUGUCACUCCACCCGUUGCCUCGUCAUAA